CCGAUUUAUUCAUUGUUAGAUACACGGUCGGGUAGUAGCAGUGUCGCUUUCCUUCCUUGUCAGCUAACAGGACAGUCUCUCCUAACUUGUGAAUUGUUUACAGCUGGGUUUUCCGGCUUUGAACUGCUCGUUCCUGUUAAAAAGGAUUACAACAACCUUUGAAAAGGAUACACAACAGCCGAAAUUCGACGUAGAACGCAGCUAUCGCAAUUCACGCGAUCUGAAGUUUGAUCGAUACUUGUCCGUUUCUAGGUGCUACAUAACUCGAUUUUUUUACUCAUUUUGUACGACGAACUGCUGUGAAAGGUUGUGCAAAGUAAAGCGAAAAGAGUACGAUAAAUAUUGAUAUCUGAGGGAUCUUUUCUACGUAAACGCCUGUGCCUACGCUGGAAGUUAACGGUGAACACAUGGCGACUAAAGGAUGGCAAUAGUUCGCCUUUGAAUGUAGAUUACGGGCGAGCUACGAGUGUGAGCAGGUCAACACGUACUACCAGUUAACGAUCGUUCUUGAUCAGCUCUACGUAUAAGAUGUUUCCAGUAACCAGAAGUCAGACAGCUGCGGACUCCAAACCCCAAAAAUGGAUGCGGAGGUUUACGGAGCUACUACCUGAAAGAAUACGCAGUAUGUCGACGCCUGCCACGCUUAUCCAAUCACAGAUUCAGGCCUAUAUUGCUCGGAAAAGGUACAAACAUAUGAAGAAAGCGGGUGAGUUGAAGCAUCACUGCCUGAUCACAUCGCACAGUUACGGAUAGACCUUGGAUCACUAACAUGAAUCGUGGAUCAUUAUCUAGAUACGCUACACGCAACAAGUAACUAAUGAAACGCGUUUUUGUGACUAAAAUGAAAGAGCGGUUUGUCUUGGUCGAAAGCCAGUGCCCACUACGCAAUCGAAGUAAUAAUAUUACCAUAACCAAUUCCAUUACGCGAGCACGUAUUCUUUCCCAUCGAUUUUUGUUGGUGUCAUCAUUAAGCUACGAAUUUUCACCAUUUCAAACGAUCCGGAUUUGUCGAUCUACAAUUCGGUUCGGACCUUCACCGGCAAAAUAAACAAUUCAGCCAGUCAACGUGUGAACUAAAAGACACUCAUCAGAAAAAAACACGCUAGAAAAAUUAGGAAAGCAAACCGGGUAUAGAUUACUGAAGAGGGGAAAGAGCUGAGCUUGAGGCGCCCUAAUGAUGUGAACGUCUCUGGGUAAACUCAUAGUCGGAAGGAAUACGACUGGACGAGAUAGACCUGAAAGCUCUACACGAAAGUUCCAUUGUAUCCAGAUAAUGCUGGAGAACCCGAUUCGGAUUCAGUGUUCAUGGAAGCGUCUUCAGGCUGAGCGAGAGCUCGAAAAGCGGAGAAAGGCAGCGGAGAUUAUUCGCAGUUUCAUCAAAGGGUUCAUCAUGAGAAAAAAUCCAGAAAGUGACGUGAACAGACAGUUCUUAAGAUUGAUACGCGUGGAAUAUCUGCAGCGACUAGCAAGGAGCUUGCCCGAAUCAGUCAUGGACAAAUCUUGGCCAGAAGCACCAUCACUUUGCAAAGAAGCAUCUCAAAUUUUACAGGCGCUGCACCGGCGCAUCCUUGUAAGAAACUAUUUCCUCAAUAUGAGUUCGGAGCGGAAGGAACAGCUCCGAUGGAAGCUUGAGGCCAGCGAAUUAUUCAAGGGCAAAAAAUCAAGUUACUCGAAUGGUGUUGAGGUUCCAUUCGUUACAUCGCAUCUGCCAUCCAGUCUGAAGCAACAACUCGAGCUCUUUCAAAAUGAGUAUCUGGAAAAUAGCGACGUCAUAUCGUACUCUUUGCCAGUGACGAAGUACGAUCGACACGGCUACAGAGAACGACGAUGGGUGCUGAUACUUACGACAAAGUGCAUCUACCUGGUUGACGCAAAGAACUUUAAAAUUAAGCACACCCUGCACCUCAAGGCUCUGCCUGAUGCUUGCAUAAAUGUAAGUUCACGUAGCGAUGGAUUGGUGGUUUUACAAGAUCGCGGUGCGAAUAUUGACUUAAAAAAGCAAGGCGAUUUGAUUCUGGACUUGGGUGGUUUCCUAAUCGAGUGUCUAUCGCUGACCUUUCUACUCACCGAAAACAGAACGUCCCUGAAUAUUAUACAAAAUGACACUAUAUAUCAUCACAUAGGCGAUGGCAAAGUUGGGACAAUAGAGUUUCGACGCGGAGUUUGUCCCUGCAUCACGCGAAGCGCAAGUCGGCGGGCUCUGCAUGUACUUAGUUAAGCUGAUACGAACUGACAAUAACUUACAUCAACCGAUCACGGAUUAUAAUAUGUGAAAAGUACAAUAAUAAAUAAUAAUUGUAGAAAACCUCAAAACAUUUCAUCCUUUCGCAACCUAGCGUCCAUGGCAGCCGACAAGCAACACCAUUUCACUACCGCUAGGCAAAUUGACAACCCGCUGUCAAAUGGGGCCACCCCCCGAUUUAUGUAUUAGCACAAACACGCACCGUGUGCUUUUCUCCUCGUUAGGGCUUGCCUAUGUUCGAUAACGUCGCAAAGAUACAGUACAAAACAGUCUGAGGGCCGAACCGACGGAAUUGCCAAAAUCCAAGCUUCAUGAAAGAUCCUCAGCUGUUAACCGUCGCUCGACUUUAUGGCAUUGGGAGCCAUGUCAUACGAAGCCCAUGUCGUCGUAGCAAUGUCGGACGAGCUCAAUUCCCUCAUCAGUUCUUCACACGUGAAUUCUAUACAAUCGUUCUUGUCAUCAAGCAAAUAGCCGUUAGGACGUUUAUUAAAGCUAAUUAAGUGGAAUGCCCUUUUCGUCAAGCCCUGUUCUAUCCGCACCAAAAGGCUAAUUUGAUAUUGACCGUUUGGCUUAGGUCGAUUGUAGCAAAAGUAAACUCGCGCCUGAAUAGACUGAAUUCAAACUAUCUUGUGUUGGCUAAUCUCCUUUUAACGGCUUCAGGUACUCCUACUGUUUGUGGAAGUUCUCAGAAUUAUCUUUUUUUUUUUCACAUCGUAUCCAGGACUCACCCUUGUGAGAAAGCCUAGCGGAAGGUUUUGUUGACCCAUUUUGGGUUUCUCCAGCAGACCCAUGUGACAGCAUAGUAACCAUAUGUUAUGGUAAUCUUUUGCCAACGCAGGAAUUUCAACCAGUCACGGGAUUGAGUGUUAUGAGGCGUUACAAAACGAGUCAUGUUUUCGUUUUGCUCUCCGAUUUUUGCGCUGCAAGAAGGUACAUGUUCGGCUAUAUGUUCCCGAAACGUGAUUUGAAUGCGGAAAAGGUGCUUUGUAGCGGCUGGCUGCCUUCUCAGACAGGCCAAAUCCAUUUAUAUAUGUAAACUUCCACGGGUUAGAGACCUCCCAACGGAAGGCCGAAAUGUAGGUUCAUUCUCCUCUGGCAAACGAAAACUUCGAAUAUGAUAAAAAUG